AUGUCGCACGGAAAAAUGACGCUGUACCGGCUGGUGGUGCUGGGAGAUGGCGGUGUCGGCAAAACAGCGCUGACGAUUCAGCUAUGCCUCAACCAUUUCGUCGAAACUUACGAUCCAACCAUCGAAGACUCAUACCGAAAACAAGUACAGAUUGAUGGUCAAUCUUGCAUGCUGGAAGUUCUCGAUACUGCUGGACAAGAAGAGUACACCGCCCUUCGGGACCAAUGGAUAAGAGAUGGUGAAGGCUUCAUUCUGGUCUACAGUAUAUCCUCACGAGCAUCUUUCACCCGCAUUCAAAGGUUUCACCAUCAAAUCCAAAGAGCGAAGGAAUCCGCUUCAGCUGGCUCGCCUACAUUCCCCGGUUCACCACUGUCACAGACUAUGGGCAAUUCCAACUUUGGUCCCGCCCCUGUCAUGCUAGUUGGCAACAAGUGUGAUCGCGUAACGGAGAGAGAGGUGUCUACUCAGGAAGGCAGCGCCUUGGCAAAACAGCUCAACUGCGAAUUUGUGGAAGCUUCUGCAAAAAACUGCGUCAAUGUGGACAAGGCAUUCUAUGACGUGGUCAGGCAACUACGCCGCCAGCGUGCGAAUGCCUCCCCCAAGGCCAGCCACAAGUUGACCUUGACUUCCGCCCCGAAGAGUGAGCGAAACAACGGGUCCGAGGAGAAGGCUGAACGCGAAAAUAAGAAACGCUAUCGCCGAGAGCGGGAGAAAAAGUCGAGCAAAUGUGUCAUCCUGUGA